AUGUGUGUGUGUGAUAGAAAUUUUGCUUCUUUUCCAGCUCUCUUCAGUGUCUCUGAUAAGACUGGUCUAGUGGAGUUUGCGCAGAAGUUGAGUUCUCUUGGACUGUCCUUGGUGGCUUCUGGUGGAACUGCAAAAGCUCUGCGUGAUGCUGGGCUCACAGUCAGAGAUGUCUCUGAGCUUACUGGGUUCCCAGAGAUGUUGGGGGGACGUGUGAAGACACUGCACCCAGCUGUGCAUGCCGGCAUCCUGGCAAGAGGGACCCCUGAAGACCAAGCAGAUCUUACCAGAUUGGGUUUCAGCUAUGUCAGAGUGGUUGUGUGUAAUCUGUACCCCUUUGUGAAGACUGUGUCUGCACCUGGUGUCUCAGUGGAGGAAGCUGUGGAACAGAUUGAUAUUGGUGGUGUAACUCUGCUGAGAGCUGCUGCAAAGAACCAUGCACGGGUUACUGUCCUGUGUGACCCCAGUGACUACAACAGUAUUGGAGAGGAGAUGGAGAAAUCUGACCAAAAGGAUACAACACUGGAGAGGCGCUGUCAACUGGCUCUUAAGGCAUUCACUCACACAGCACAAUAUGAUGAUGCCAUAUCCGAUUACUUCCGUAAGCAGUAUAGUAAAGGUGUGUCUCAUCUUCCCCUCCGUUAUGGAAUAAAUCCUCACCAGGUUCCAGCUCAGAUCUUCACUCAUGGAGCACAGCUGCCUCUCACUGUGCUCAAUGGAUCUCCUGGAUUCAUUAACCUGUGUGAUGCUCUGAAUGCCUGGCAGCUGGUUAAGGAGCUGAAGAAUGCUCUGGGUCUGCCUGCAGCUACCUCCUUUAAACACGUGAGCCCAGCAGGAGCUGCUGUAGGUGUUCCACUGACCCAGGAAGAGGCACAAGUGUGUAUGGUACAAGAUCUGUUUUCAUCACUAACUCCUUUAGCAGCUGCAUACGCUAGAGCUAGAGGUGCUGACAGAAUGUCCUCUUUUGGAGACUUUAUUGCUAUUUCGGAUAUCUGUGAUGUUCCGACUGCAAAAAUAAUAUCUCGUGAGGUAUCUGAUGGUAUUGUGGCUCCUGGGUAUGAGGAAGAGGCGCUGAAAAUUCUGUCCAAAAAGAAGAAUGGAAGUUACUGUGUGUUGCAGAUGGACCCAGCUUAUGAGCCUGAAAACACUGAAAUUCGGAGUAUUUUUGGCCUACAAUUAGUGCAGAAAAGAAAUGAUGCGGUUGUAGAUGCUUCCCUAUUUAGCAAUAUUGUGACCACAAAGAAAGAGCCUCCGGAGUCAGCGGUUAGAGACCUGAUUGUAGCAACAAUCGCGUUGAAAUACACUCAGUCCAACUCUGUGUGCUAUUCCAAGGAUGGACAGGUGGUGGGUAUGGGUGCCGGGCAGCAGUCUCGCAUACAUUGCACCCGGCUGGCUGGAGACAAAGCAGAUAACUGGUGGCUGAGGCACCACCCUCAUGUUCUUGGCAUGAAAUUUAAGGCUGGUGUGAAGCGAGCAGAGAUCUCAAAUGCCAUUGAUCAGUAUGUGAGUGGCACCUUAGAAAAGGAGGAGCUGGAACAGUGGAAAGCCUUGUUUGAACAUCCCCCUGAACUGCUGACUCCUGAAGAAAAGAAAAAAUGGAUCUCUACCUUUACUGGGGUGUGCUUGAGCUCCGAUGCUUUUUUCCCUUUUAGAGACAAUGUGGAGCGAGCCAGUAAGAGUGGGGUACAAUACAUUGCUGCUCCAUCAGGCUCUGCAGCUGACAAGGUGGUAAUCGAGGCAUGCGAUGAGCUGGGCAUCGUUUUGGCACACACAAACCUGCGACUUUUCCACCACUAA